AUGGUUCCUUGGUGGUUGAGUGAAGGGUAUCGAGAAGCUCGAUAUCAUUUUGCCUAUGCCAAGGUUAGUUAUCGGCAAAAGUAUUACAGUAGUAGUAAGAAUCCACGAGUCAUUCAAGCCAAAAUGGGUAACACCACGUUGCUUUCACUCCGCACUUGUCCACGCGACCAAUAUUUGGUCAAACCUGGAGAGUUUUUAGCAUUAGAAAGGAAAGAUAAAGUAUAUGUUGAAGAAGAAAGUUCAACAGAGAACAAGGUAAUUGACCCAUUUUUGGGGUUUUCAAGAAGUCCAUCAAUGCAAUGUGUAUGUGCAAGCCAGAUAGAACAAGAGGGAAGCGGGUCUACCGACUCAUCUAAACCUAGUUUUAUGGAUCGAAUGAGAAGUCUUACUGGUAGAGAUAGUGGUGGAUUGAUUGAAACUCCAGUUACUUCCAAUGUAAAUACUCCUAUUCAAACAACUAAUAAGCUGAUUCAAAAAUAUAUUCCCCCACCUCCUCCUCCACCACCACCACUUUCUGAAUCUAGCAACGAGCCACAACCACCACCCUUGCCACCUCGACCAACUACUGAGAAACCAUCACGAUACAAGUCAUUGAUUGGCCGUUUACACCAACCACUGUCUAGUCGUUCAGUUUCCUUGUCAAGUAAGUCUAGAGUUAGUUCAGGAGGUGAAGUUUGGAAAAACGUACUCAAUGACGUUUCAUUAUCUGCCGCAAGAGUUUCCAUUGGACAUAGUCCCAAAACAAGUAUUCAUUUUAAAGUGUUAAGUGGAGAUUUCAUUGAAGCAGAAAUGUAUCCACAAAAGGAGACAGUUAGAGGUUCAAGUAAGCAAACAAAUUUGGAAGGAGGACAUGGGUAUGAUUUCAUAUUGGAAUUGGAAUCUCAAACUGAUCUGAGACCACAAACGGUUGAUUCUUCAAAUUUUUUAAGUUUAUAUGAAUUGACAAGAAGGGAAACAAUUCCAUGA